GCUGGCAUAGCACAGCAUGUAAACACACGUAUUAUUAAUAUUUGAAAGAGCAUUACAACAAGCAAAAUCGCAGCCUCAGAUGCUAAUUACAGGACAAUUAAGGAGAUUCAAACCGGGAGAAGUUUUUUACUGAUGCAAAAUGGAAUCUGGCAUGAAGAGGUACAGGGGGUAUGUCAAACGUACAGCUGCCUCGAAUGAAUUUCGAAAAGACUGUGAGCGAACCAAUGAAUACUUCAAAUUCUGGAACCUACAGACAUCUAAACAAAAGGACUGGACGUGCCCUGAGUUCUAUCAAUCUAGGAAGAACAAGAAACUUGAAACUGAGCACAACAUACAAAAAGCAGGAGCCCUAAACAUUAGACGGCAGAAAUUAUCAAACAUGCUCUAUGAGGAAAAUUUGGCUUUGAAUGAGGAGUUGCAGAAGAAGUAUGGGCUGAAUGAUUUAACUGAACAGCAGCUGAAACAGAAAUUUGACGACUUAGUAGCUCAAAAGAAGAAGGCCAAUAAGGAAGAAGCCGAGAAAAUGAUUCAAGGUGAGCAAGCAGAGCCCCUGGGCGUUGGAGACAGUGCAAAAGACAGCAUGAAAUUGGAUGAGCUGAAGAAAGUGAUUGCUGAAGAAGAUGCUGCAAGAAAUAAAGAGAUGAUGCAGACAGUUAUCAAUUUUGACGAGGCUGCCGCCAUGCUCAGAGACAAUGAAAACAUGACCACUUCUUUCCUGAGCCAAGAAGCAAUCCUCCUCAAGAUGGAGCAAGAGUUGUUUAGCAUCGAGGAAGAGAAGCUGAGAAAGCUGAAAAAGGCAGAUGACAGCUCGUCUGUAAACCAGAAAAAGAUGAGACACAUUGUCCUUCACCUGAAACAGAGGGGAGCCCAAGUCCUUGUUGAAAUUCAAGAGGAAAAGACUCUGAUUGGCAAGGUGCAGAAGGCGUGCGAGCAAGCCACUCUUAGUGAUGACAAAAUGAAGAGAGGUUAUGAUGAGGUCAACAACCUGAUCAAGUUACUCGACGACCAAGCCGAAAGGGAAAAGAGGGUUGCUAACUACAGUGCCAACAUUUUCCAUGAAGAGGCAAAUAAGGAAUUGGAAGCCUGCGAGCUGAGAUGGAGCAAGGAGAAGAGCGAGCGGAACAGCAAGAUUUCCCAAAUUUUAGCUGAUCUGCAGUCCCACGCUCGCAUGAAGCGAGAGACUGUGUCUUUGGAGCUGCAACGACUGGAGGCUGACCGCAAAACCUUAAAUGACCUGCUGAAGAAAAGAGGUGCUACAUCUGCAGAUAUGCCAAAAACUCAUUCAACAUCUGAUACUGCCAUGGAUAUUCCAAAGUAGCUCAUUGCAACACUUGAUACAAAUAAAAGCCCCAAAGUGAUGAUAUUUUUGCUAGGAUAUAUUUUUUCAUAAUUCUUAUGGUUAAGUUCAAAAGUAAUAAAAUGGUGAAAUAAAUAGUUGA